AUGAACGCGUGGACCAGGCAUGCGCAGCCCUGCGAUAAGACGCAGCAUGAGCAGAGCCUCGCGUAUCAUCACGAGCCCAACGCCGCACCCGUAUUUGGACUCUUCGACGUGUCGUUGCUCGUCGUGCCAUUUGAAAUCCGCCAUAUUCCCGCGCAGAACGGAUGGGAAGAUUGUUCUCCCGAGACCGAGACGACCGCCCAAGCAAGAAAGCGGCAUCGUCCGCUCGAUCUUGAUCACGAUGACGGCGACGGGGAUGCGAGGGGGAAGGGAAAAAAUAGGGCUGUGAUUGGGGACGCUCACAGUCUUUCCUUCCACCCAGGCCCACAGACAACCCUGCCUCAUUUCUCGGAGCUUAGAUCGGGAUCGGAUGUUCGCAUCCCCCCAGCCAACCCAGACCAAUGGCCACGCUUCCCCAAAAUUCCUGCUCCUUCUAAACAUGCUGGUAAAGUUUGGUGUCGGAGUGCGGUGGACAGAAGUCUCAUUCUUUCAGUAACAGACCGCUCAAAAUCACAUUUUGAAGUCCUAGACUUCCGGAAUACAUCGAAAGAUGAAAAUUCUUGGAUUAGUUGGUUACCUGGCUCCGACGAGGCUGGAGGUCCAAGUCCAUCUGAUUCCUGCCAACUCAACACCUCUUCUGACGAUACAUUGAAUUCUCAAGGAAAGCAGAAGGGAGCCAGGCGGCGUGGAAUGCCCCAAAAAAAGCGCGACCUUCAUCAGAAAAAGGUGAAUCUACACCCCAUCUUCCCACAUGACCCUAGACCCCUUUUUGACGCCUUGAAGACUCUUCUAGAUCUCGAAAAUCAAGUAGCGCUGAGCCUCCACCGGGGAGCGGGGAACUGCAGCAUCAAUUUAUCCGGUUUGCCCUCAAUACCGCCCCAAACUAAUUACGAGGAAACAAAUGGUGAUAAUCCUAGUAAUCAUGCAGUUCCGGACGCGGGGGCGCAGGGAAGCGUUCUCCAAACGCGAAUGAGAUUGAAUCCGAUUAGAUUUAGAGAGCCGCUCACUGCUGCGUCACGGAGCGAUCGGCGAGUUUACCGCGGUGGCGUAGCCAUUGUGCAGCAAUGGGGCGGAGAAGUCACCAUUCAGACAUUACAGCAAGGAGGAUUGUUGUUUUAG